ACAUUGAGCUGAUCUAUUGGCUACAUUCGUGUUCGGAAGAGGAGGUUAUACGCCAUAUAUGGUGUUUCUGUGACUACGUUUUGUGUGUAAUGUUUUUAUGCUAAUAUCAUUCUAAUAUCCAGCUGUAUGCUGUAGUAAGGCAUGCGCAGUGUCGUACUAAGAAAUCGGUGUGGAUUCAAAGUUUUUUGUCUGUAUUUCGUUAUUCGCGCUCAACGUAUAGUAGACUGGGAUGUUUGGUUUCCACAAAUCCAAGAUUUACCGCAGCAAUGAAGGCUGUUGCAUUUGCAAGACCAAGUCCUCCAGCUCGCGGUUCACAGACAGCAGCAGAUACGAGGAAAACUUCAGGCUAUGCUUUGGCUUGGUUGAAGAUCGGGUCGGAGACAUCUGCAAUGCUUGUGUCCUAUUAGUGAAGAGAUGGAAGAAACUGCCUCUGGGAUCUAAGAAGAACUGGAGCCAUGUGGUGGAUGCCAGAGCAGGGCCUGGGUUCAAGCUGACCAAACCCAAAAAGGUCAAGAGGAGUGACAUGAAAAAGAAGAGCAAACUAAGGAAGCUUCACAAAUUGAAAAGGCAAAAUUCGGACGCGCACAGCACCACCUCCAGCACGUCCCCGUCCCAGUCUCCCAGCUACAGUAACCAGUCCGAUGAUGGCUCGGACAUCGAGUCCAAGCAGAGGCGAUCCACCCCAUCCAUAUUCUCCUUCCUGGACCGCUCCUACUGGAAAAGGCAAAAGGUGUGCUGUGGCAUCGUGUACAAAGGCCGCUUUGGGGAGGUGAUGAUCGACCCUCGAGUCUUCAAGCCCUGCUGCAGCUCCAGGAAGCAGACGAAGCUCGCACCCACGCCGGACGCCCAUCUCCCCGAAACGCGGCUCCCCGAGACGCUGCCCCCUGUGCUCCCGGAGGAGCUGAAGGAGAGUUGGUGACUGCACCCUCCCUCCCUGAGGUCUCUACACCAGUGGUUCUCAAACUUGGUCCUGGGGGACCCCUGUGCAUGCUGGUUUUCAUUGCAACCAUAAUUGCACACCCAGAAUUUUAACAAGCUGUUAAUUUUUCUUGUUUAGGUGUUUUCAUGUUCACCGAGCAGGAACGCACCUGAUUCUACUAAUCAACCACUAGAGUCUUUGCUAAGCACCUUGAUUAGUAGAAUCAGGCGUGUUACUGCUUCGUUGAAACAAAAGCAAACACCCACACUGGCCCUUUCUGGAUAAGAUUGGGGACCCCUGCUCUAAAACAUGAAAGCACCUAAUCAAGAAAAAUUAACAGCUUGUUAAAAUUCUGGGAUUGCGAUUGUGGUUGGAACGAAAACCAGCAUGCACAGUGGUCCCCCUGGACAGAGUUUGAGAACCACUGCUCUACACCUCUGUUUUGUCUCCAGUGGCAGACUCUACCCCUCUCCUCCAUUCGUUUACUGUGUAUCUAUGAGACAGGUAAAUGGUAUCUCUGCUGGUUUUCUGAAAUGUAUUUGUCUGUUUAAAAAAAAAAGAAUUUUUUUAAAGAGAACAAAAAGCUUUUUCUAAAGUAUGGGCAUUAGUGAGAUAUUUAUAGGAUCAGGAAGCAUAAUUAUGUAUGAACUUAAAAGGCUGAUUAUUCUUUUUGUUUUGUAAGACUAAAACCAAUCGUUUUAAUUUAACAGUACCUAUGUUUGUAAAUACUGUCAUUAUGCCAGUGCAUCACUUGCCUCCUGUAGAUUCUUUCCAUUUUUUAUUUCCUUAUGGUAAAAAAUGAAUAAAUGUAUGUUUUGUAAAAGGUGAAAGUAUUUGGAUACAGACAUGCAAAAUUUGGCGUCUCAAGCGGUAGGAUGGGUGCUUGGUUAAAGCAGAGCUACUAAGCAGUGUUAAUGCUGUUUGACAUUUUUCUGUUAAGAUUUUUACUUGUGGUCUGUAUAAAUUAAUUAUUGCUAGUCUUCCAAGAAAUAUUGAUUGUCAAGUUUUGUACCAUAUACUGUAACAAGUAAAGGAUUUACUAUAGUGGGCCUUAACAAAUGUAUAAGCAGAUAUGUAUUGUAAGAGGAUGAAAGAACCGUUGAUCUAUUGUUUUCUGCCACAGCUUUGUGGAAUUGUUUUCUGCUAGGGGUGUUGUCAUAAACUCAAAUCUGCAGAAUACGGCAAGAGACCUUUUAUGCAGGGUGGAGAACUUUUGUAUUGGUGUGGGAUCAUUUGAACAUACUCUAGUGGCAUAUUGACUGGAUUUAGGGUAUUGCUUGUUUUUCUUUUUCUUUUUAGUCGUCCUUUUGGGGUCCAUUGUAAUGUUCUUUAAAAAAAAAAAUCUGAAUCGACUGCAGACAUUUUGGAGAAUCUGUUCUGUUCUUGUCUUAGCGAGUUGGUUUCACCAAAGAUAGCAUCUUAUUGUCUAAAUAAACAUUGUCGUGCCCCCCCCCCCCCAUUUUUAAAAUGUAGUUCCCUGUCAUUCCGGAUUCAAACGCUUCUCAAUCAGUUGUUAAAAGUUGAGCACAACCUCUUGGCAGAGUCCUGAAAUGGGAAAAAGUGAACCUAUGUGGUCAGUACUCACAGUCCUAUAAUAGCCUAUUAUAAACUGUUAGUGACUGCAUUGGGGUUAAACAUAUUAAAACUAGCCUACUCUAGAACAGUUUAUAAGCUGCCUUCUAAAGUUUGCCGGCCCUGUAUUAUGGCCAAAAUAACUGUAUUCUGUCCGAGACAAUACUCAUUAUUUUUUGCACUACACAGUGGUUUUCUGAAAUCACUACUAUCUGGGAAUUGACUGACUAUCAUCAGCAGCCAUCACACAAACAAAUUUCUUUUGGGCAAAUCUACACUACUGUAUAUAGUGAGAAAUACUGAAGUGCAUGUUGGUACUCCUGUCAUAAGGUGAUGUCAUUGAUGCAUCACUGAAUCGGAUCAGCCUGUUUUGUGAUUGGUGGAGUGGGGCUUUGGCCUUGCUUUCUCAGGCUAUGUGGGACCUCUGAAUAUUGAGUAAUGUUAUAACAAAAUGAAAGUGUUUGUAAUGGUAUGUUAACCUUUGUGUUAGCUGACACUGUCAUAAUUUUAAUACAUAGGGAAAUUCCUAGCCUAACAAGGUACAUUUUCAGAUGCCUGUACCGUGGUAUUUUUUUUUGGUUUUUUUUGUUAUCCGCCUUGACCUCUCCAACUUAAAUUAUGUUUAUUUAUUUUUUCACAACUUCAUUGAAUACUGUAAAGAGUUGUUAAAAUUUAUUUUUAUUUUGUGCACUUUUCUCAGAAUUGUCUGAUUAGCAAUUGGAAUUGGGAAGCUAUUUUAUAUCUCAGCUAUAAUACUUCUGUAUUUUAAUAAAAUAUGAAAAAUCUU